AUGAUCGUAGGCCAACAGGUUGCGGUGACUUCACCAGACGCGGACGGAUGCACCUUAACAUCGAAGCCAUAUUCUACCUUCCUCAACGCGACACCUCAUCGUUCCAUUGACGAAGAAAUCUGCCUCUGGGAUACGGUGGGUCUGAACGAGCCUCGUCUCGGCUUGGAUGGCUACCUUGAUGCUAUCGGCAAAGCCGAUGAACUUAUCGAGGAGCUCGACAAAUGCGGCGGGAUUCAGCUCCUGCUCUUCGUCAUGCGCGGCGGUAGAAUUACCGCUUCUUCGCAAAAGAAUUACAAGCUGUUCGUCGAGGUACUGUGUGGCGGACGCGUCCCUGUGGCGGUCGUCAUCACCCACCUCGAGCACGAGAGGGUUAUGGAGGAUUGGUGGAAGAGGAAUGAGAGAGCUUUCAAGACCUUUGGCAUCCGCUACCAGGACCACGCUUGCGUCACGACAUUAGCGGCCCCCAACUCUCAACAAUACGACGAGUCGAAGAAAGCCAUCAACGGUGUACUUCGAGGCUGCGCCUCCCUGCAACCGAUGAAGGAGCAUAGGGACGUUUGGAUUAUCCGCGUUAUGGAAGGCAUAUGGAGGGCAUUCGUUCCAAAACCAGCCCGUCCAAAAGUCAAGAAGCUGACGAGUCAGCUUCGUCAGCGAGCACCCACACAAGAAAUCAAGGCACCUGUGGACGAUGGCAUAAUCAACGUCGUCAUAUUCGGGGAGACUGGUGUUGGAAAGAGUUCCCUCGUCAACCUCAUUAUCGGCAAAUACGUGGCAAAGACUUCAGAUAGCGCAGAGGGGUGCACUUUCGAGGCCACCUACUACGAUGUCGCAAUUGAUUCGCGCCGCAUACGUCUCUUUGACACGGCAGGGCUGAGCGAGCCCUGUCUCAACUGGGACGGGUACCUGUUGGCGGUGAAGAAGGCUGAGCGUCUCGUCUCUAUCCUUGACAACUACGGCGGCGUUGACCUCUUGAUCUUCUGCAUGCGCGGAGGACGGAUAACGGCUUCCGCGCAGCAAAACUAUCGGAUGUUCGUCGAAAUCCUGUGCGACAAAAAGAUACCUGUGGCGGUGGUUGUUACCCAUUUGGAGCAUGAGGAGCGGAUGGAGGACUGGUGGGAUAGGAACGAGAAGCACUUCGAAACAUACGGGAUAUCGGUUUAUGACCAUGCCUGCAUCACCACUAUCCGGAAGCCGAAUUCUCGACACCAUGAUUACUCCAGAGACGCAGUCAUCCGGCUGCUCUGGAACUGCACAUCAUUACCGUGCAGGAUGAAGAAAAGCCAAGAGGACUUGUGGUUCGUGAAGUUGCUUGAGGGAAUGUGGAGAUAUCUUUUGCCACGCGCUGCGCGUCCAGGGGUGAAAGAGCUAACACGGAAGCUUGUCAAGAGAUGUGGGUUUUCGAAAGACGACGCAAAUCGGAUUGCCAGGCGACUGAAGGACAUGGAAGACGACACGAUUAAAGACUAGCUAUCACUCUUAUGCUUUGUAUAUCUUAUUGUGCACUAU